AUGGCAGUGACAACCAGGCAGUCCGCCAAGGCACAGUCACACCCACAGGCAAAUCUUCUGGGUCUGCCACGUGAGCUCCGCGAUCUGAUCUACGGCCACGUCUUCGACAAUCUCCCACUGUUCAAGCUCGAAAAACGAACGCCCUACUACCAGCAGGUCGGCCUUGUCACAGCAAGCAGGCAGCUAUACAUCGAGACCGUCGACCUGUGCUACAAAUCAACCACGAUCUACAUGGUGCACAGCGACCGCAAGAAAGGAAUCGAUCGCGAAGAGCAGCGUCUUUUCAAGUGGCUUCGACGACUGCCGAGAAAGCGACGUGACCUCAUCAAGGAGAUCUGGUGCGACUUGCCUGGAGUGUACUGCGCACUUCAAAGGCCAACCUGCGUAUGCGGCUCGUUUGCGGACUGUAGGUGGACUAAGAGAAGGAGUGAGUAUCGGCGCAUGCAGCGCGUUAUGGGCGACCAGGGCAUCAAGCUCCGUCCGGGAGUGCUGAAGUUUCGCACGAGGACGUGUGACUACAGCAACAAGAAGCUGGUGUGGAGUUCUUUCGAUGAACGGGUCUAA